ACCCUUGCGAACGGAUCAAGCUGUCAAACAGUCCCUUUACUGUAAGAAAGAAAGCUACAACGAAUACCGAUUUCGUUCUGACUCCUUUUCAUUAUUAUAGAAUUAUUACAGAAAGAGUAAAAUUGAUAGUGACAGUGAAACAUUUGAUGCCGGUUUAUUUGGAGAUAAGAGACUUAUUUUAACUUUUUAGCUAUUGUCAAUUAAUUUGUAGAACUUUUCUUAUCUUUUAUAUUACUGACCCAUUGAAGAUAAUCUUCAUUUCCAUUUUGUAUCUACAAAAUAUUUAAUAACGUUAUAAAUUCUUAUGAAAGCUAUGAAUUAUAAAGACCGCAUUGUAUUGGAAUAUUACUUACUGGUAAAGAAAUUACCUCGCAGACUUCAUACGGAUGAUUAGCCCUGUACAAAAGAGUUUUAGAUUAUGACAGCCGAUUAAUACUAAAAUAAAAGAUUUUGAACAUACUUAACAUAUCUGGUUAAAGCAUCCACAGUAUCAGUUCUUGUUUUUAUCAUCUGUAAUAAGAAUAAUACUAUGUAGAAACAUGCGUGUAUUAAUUCUACCAUAUUCCUUACUGACUUUAUACAUCCAUACCAUUAGUAAUUCACUGUCUUCAUUUAUUUCAUUCUUCCACUCAUAUCUAAAAAUGAUUGGUGAUUAUUUUUGUUAUACCACUCAAAGUUAUUAAAUAUAAAUGUAUACCUAUAUUACGUAUCUACAUAAUGCUUACAUAGAUUUAAUUUCGGGUAUAAUAUUAACACAUGCGGCCAGUUUACUUUGCACCAAACCACUGCGAAAUGACAAUUUGAAAAUUAAAUAGCAUAGUAGAAAAAUUCUGAUUUCAUCGCAAGUUAGUUUCUUAAAGCUUACUGUGCUAAUUUUUUAGCAAGUUCUUGCGUUGGAACGGUAACAUAAACCACAGAAUUAAUACCUGCAAAAGUACUCAUAUUUCUAUAAGUUUGCGCGCUAAUAUUUCUAGCCAAACAAAAAAGCAUGAAGAAUCCAAAAAUUGGUUUACACGGAAUGAGUGACAUUUAUUUAUAGUGUAGUCUGUAUGUAUAUGGGUAGUAACUUAGGAGAAGAAUUUUUAAAGAUGCACUGUUACAGUAGGUUAUGUUUCUAUUAUGUCUGCCUAUGAACCAGUGCAUAUAUACAUCAUACAUAUGUAUGUGUGUACAUUGUAAAUCAAACAAUCCUCGAUUGUUUUCUUCAUCACAAAUCUUGAAUUAUAAAUUAGAGCUGAAAUCUGCAUAGAUAUCUAAUUUCGUAUAAAUAAUAACUAAAGAAUUGUCAAAAAUUAAAUGUAAUAUGUACACGUAUUCGAUAAUUGAAGACAUAAAAUAAAUGAAAAAGAGAAUAAAAAUGUUGACAAAGAAUAAGGGCAUUAACUAUAGUUGAAAAUAUUAAUAUAAAAUGACUGUGGGAUUGCUCAAUGAUUCAAUUAGAAUAAAAGCAUAACAGGAUUAUCAACUGUGGUAAAAUAUUCUUAUACUUUAGUUUAAACUGUGUAUAUAAUAUUUUGUUAUGAUUAUGAAAAAGAGAGUAUUAAAGUUAAUAACAUUAUAAAGGAAUAAUUAUAUAUAACGAAAAUUAUGAUUGAGGUAACUGCAAAAUUAAUUAGAGGUCCUGUAUACUUUUCUGGAGAAGUUAUAGAGUGUUUAGUCACAUUCAGUAAUCCACCAAAUCCAAGUCAUCAAAUAUCUCAAAGUCACAGUGAUAUCUUUGAAAGUCUCGCAUGGGCUAGUGCACAAGUCCACUGUCAAUGUUCUACAAAUAUCAAAAUUGUUCGUUCCGAGAAAUUGAAUACUACAGCUUGCUUAGGAGCUAUUAAUGCAAACACAACAUUUGCACCGUGGCAACAAGAUAAUGGCCAUGUAGUACUCAAUACUAAGCCCAAGAUUUUAUUUUGUGACUUAAGAUUAUCGCCAGGUGAAAAUAAAACAUAUAUAUAUCGGGAAAUAAUUCCAAGCGAUGCACCGCCGUCUUAUAGAGGACAUGCAGUGAAAUAUUCAUAUAAGAUUACUGUAGGAACACAACGUGUUAAUACAGCUAUAAAAUUGCUUCGGGUUCCUUUCAGAGUACUUUCUUUAAGUGAACUACCGGAAGUAACCACUUGCAAUGAUAGUGUUGAUUUAAGUCCAAAUAAUCCAUUCAUGGAAACACAACAUAGAGAAACACCAUUAGAUGUUGCAUUACAAACUCUUCAGAAUUUGACUGCCAGACGAAGCCCAAAUUUUUAUAACAUUACUAAUGGACGUGGACGAAUUGUAAGAUUUUGUCUCUUUAAAAAUUCUUACAAACUUGGAGAAGAUAUAGUUGGCACAUUUGAUUUUUCAAAUGCGACAGUUUCGUGUGUUCAAGUCUCAGUUGCAUUGCAAUCAGAAGAACAUAUUUCAGAAGAAUACAGGCGAGGAAAAACAGCGACUCCAACGUCAGUCAGUUACAAUAAACAUCAUGAAAUGUGUAUGGGUUUAAAAUAUUCGCAUUUGGUGCUCCCUAUACCUUUACACGUGACACCAGAUUUUACCACUAAUUUAAUGACACUGAAAUGGAGAUUACAUUUUGAAUUUGUCACAACUUCUAAGCUAAUAGAUAUGCCCAAUGAACGUACUAUUAACUGGCAAGGUCCAUUAACCUUGGAUGUUGAAACAAUGAUUUGGGACCUUCCUGUUCAUAUUCAUCCAACAACUACACCACCUAACACAGCACAAGAAUCAAAAUAUAACAUUGUGAUAUAGUGAACUAAAAAUUACUUCUAUAAGGAAA